UCCCCGGUCUCUUGAGGAGCCCGGGAAGGAGGCUCGGCUCGCGUUGCCGGGACCGGGCUGCGGCAAUCGUUAACGGGCCAUGUCUGCUGCCCAGGGCUGGGACCGAAACCGCCGGCGGGGAGGAGGCGCGGCCGGCGGGGCCGGCGGGGCUAGCGGGGCCGGCGCGGCAGGCGGGGGUCGGGGCACCGGCCAGCUCAACCGAUUCGUGCAGCUCUCCGGACGGCCGCACCUGCCAGGUAAGAAGAAAAUACGAUGGGACCCAGUUAGGAGACGCUUCAUUCAGUCCUGUCCCAUCAUAAGGAUCCCUAACAGGUUCUUGAGAGGCCACAGACCUCCCCCAGCACGCAGUGGACAUCGUUGUGUGGCAGAUAAUACCAAUCUCUAUGUGUUUGGAGGGUAUAACCCAGACUAUGAUGAGUCGGGAGGGCCGGAUAAUGAAGACUAUCCUCUCUUCAGGGAGCUUUGGAGGUAUCAUUUUGCAACAGGCGUGUGGCACCAGAUGGGCACAGAUGGCUAUAUGCCCCGGGAGCUGGCAUCUAUGUCACUUGUGCUGCACGGAAACAACCUGUUAGUGUUUGGAGGUACAGGCAUCCCAUUUGGUGAGAGCAACGGCAAUGACGUCCAUGUCUGUAACGUGAAGUACAAGAGAUGGGCUUUACUCAGCUGUCGGGGGAAGAGACCCAGUCGUAUAUAUGGACAGGCCAUGGCCCUCAUCAAUGGUUCCCUUUAUGUCUUUGGGGGAACAACUGGCUACAUCUACAGCACAGACCUGCACAAGUUAGAUCUCAAUACCAUGGUGUGGACACAACUCAAACCAAACAACCUGUCCUGUGAUCUGCCAGAGGAAAGGUACAGACAUGAAAUUGCUCAUGAUGGGCAGAGGAUUUACAUCUUGGGAGGAGGGACUUCCUGGACAGCCUAUUCCUUAAACAAGAUCCACGCAUACAACCUUGAAACAAAUGCAUGGGAGGAGAUCGCAACAAAACCUCAUGAAAAAAUAGGUUUUCCUGCAGCCCGAAGAUGUCACAGUUGUGUUCAAAUAAAAAAUGAUGUUUUCAUUUGUGGGGGCUAUAACGGGGAAGUGAUCCUGGGAGACAUCUGGAAGCUGAAUCUGCAGACGUUUCAGUGGGUGAAGCUCCCUGCUACCAUGCCAGAGCCUGUUUACUUCCACUGUGCGGCUGUCACACCCGCUGGUUGCAUGUACAUUCACGGAGGAGUCGUGAACAUCCAUGAAAACAAACGGACUGGGUCACUGUUUAAGAUCUGGCUGGUGGUACCCAGCCUGCUGGAACUGGCGUGGGAGAAGCUGCUCGCGGCCUUCCCCAACCUAGCAAACCUCUCCCGAACACAGCUUCUGCACCUUGGACUAACACAGGAACUCAUCGAACGCUUGAAAUGAGGAUUUCCGGCCUGUUCAUUGAUACUGGAAAUGUUAAUUUAAAGAGACUCCUUUAUUUAUGGGCAGUGUAGAGUGUGCUACAGAGAGGUUUGGUUACCCUGAUCAAGGCCUUAUUCAGAAAAUACAUCAGAUGCCUUUCUGUGAAUGGGUUUAAGUUAAUGGACAUCUCACUCUCCUGUGCUUUCUUCUUUGCUCCCCUCCCUCCUGCCCCAGUAUGCACCCCAUACAUGCAUCCCUCUUUCUUGAUGGAGCCGAGGGAAUAUCUGAAGUACCUUAAUGAGGUUAGGAAUCAAGAGAGAGAAAUUGUUUUUUGUUGCUGUUUUUUUCAAUUUUAUUUUAUUUUAUUUUAAAGAAAUUCUAAACAUAUUGACCAUGUCAGCUAAUACCACAAAUUAAAGCAUUAUCAUCAACAAACACCAAGUUUAAAAAGCCAGCAACCAACAGUGGUCUGGGAGAUAGAACGAGAAGACUGACCUGGAACAUCUUGCAGGUUGUUCUUAAAUUUGGAUGUUGAAUUAGUGUUUCUGAGAUGUGUCUGAGUGGCUGGACUCAGGCAGCAGUGGUUGAUGACUUGGCACAAAGAUAUCUAACCUUGACGAAAGGAGACAGUUCAGCGGUAUUUGAUUAGUGAGCCCCUCAACCUUGUGAUACCCCAGUGGUUAGCUGCGGCCUGCUGAGAUUUAGUGCCGUCUGCCACUGUCAUGUUCUGUUGUUGUCUUUCAAAUUAAUGUAUGGCGUCAAGUUCUUUCCAGGCAGUUUUGAACUUCCCCUUCGCUUAUUAAUGGCUUUAAAUAUGUCUUUAGCCCCUUCAUGGGGAAUUGUAGAUUCUAAGUGUGUGGUGUAGAUGUCAAAGGACAGUAGAGUAGAGCAUAGCACCCGCACCCUUGAGACUUUUAGCUUAGCUUCUGCUUGGUGCGAUGGGCUUUGACUAUCACAGCAGCUCUUUCCUUUUCAGAGCUCGUUUCUUUGUAGUCUCUGGACCUUAUUCCUGCAUUUUCUCAGGCAGUUGGUUCUGGAUUCCCUCCUGAGCUUGGUGCCUCUUUUGCUGUCUGCUUCAGUAUACAGGAUGCCGUAAUUGCCUAGUAACUGGAUAAAAGGUCUUAAGGAAGAGGCACAGCUUACCCUUCCUCGAGAAGCAAGUGCCAUUGAAAACCAUCAGGAGGAAGGAGUGAGACAGGGUCAUUUGCUUUGUGUGUGUCUAAGAGGUUUUAGUUCUGGUCUGUUUUGUUUUCUUAAAUCUAAGAAGAAAGGAGACUUAAGUUUUACUCAUUUCAUCCUCAGACUGCUAGAAGAGUUGAGGGAGUCACUUGUGAGUAAGCCCGUGGGUACCACAGGUGUAGGCAAUGCUGGAGGCCUGCAGGAGGGCGAACCAGACCCUCCUGCAGGCCCCUUAAGGAGGAGAUACCUGCAGGAGAUUUUGAACACAUUUUUCCUUUAAGUGCCUCUUUUUCACCUAGCUUUAACAUUAUUCUUUUUCUUUUCACCCAGAAGAGAUCUCUGUAGUUUGUGUGGAUUUAAAGUCACCUUUGAGUUAGAAUUAAAAAGUUCUGCCCAGUGUGCAGUUCUAGGUAGGUCUUUUGACUUCUCCUUGCAGCAGGCCUUACGCUCCAUCCGUGUGGGUUGUUAUUGGAGCCUUUGCCCACCAUCUGUAGAAGCACUUCUCUGUGAGUAAGGAAAUGGAGCUGCUCUUCUAGGGUUCCCAUCCCCCAAUCUCGCCAUUCCCUGUUGGUGUGGCUUUGGCUUCUUAACCACCAGAGGAGCCCUCUCCAGAGGAAGUCAGCCUGAGCCACUUUGUGAGUUCGAAACUGUGUGACUCCAGGCCAGGUCUCUGGACCAUGGCAGAACUACAUCCCAAGCUAGGGUGAUAGAAGGGUUUUUGUCAUUGGUUUAUAUAGGGACCAAAGACUGAGUGUUCAGCCUCUGUGCUUUGACUCCCAUGGUCCUUGGAAUACAAGAAGGCCUCUGGUUCUGUUAGACCAGAAAGUUAUAAAGAGGGUCCCAUUCAAGCCACACUUGCUGGCUCUGUUAGACCAGAAAGUUAUAAAGAGGGUCCCAUUCAAGCCACACUUGCUGGCUCUGUUAGACCAGAAAGUUAUAAAGAGGGUCCCAUUCAAGCCACACUUGCUGGCAUCCUUUUUAAGCCGUUUGUAGGCAGUCUUCUUAGAGGUAGAUGUUAGAGGCCUGACAUGAACGACUGUCUGUAUCUUCUAGGUACACGUCUGGUCUAGAGUGUCUGGGAAUAGAACACUAGGGAAAGUGCGGCACAGCCGGGAGUGCUGUAAGCUGCUCAUGCGCACAUGUUCUAGAUGCCAAACUGUAGGUAAGGACUGGGUGUCCUCUGACGGUCACCAGCAUUUUAGUUUCUCUAUAACCAGCACUUACUUGGAUUCCCAACGGCAUCACCUGGGUGGGAAAGGUAACGAUGCCUGCUGCUCCUCUGCCUCUUUUGAGGUAUGCCCCGCCAUCUUCCUGCAGACCCGGAAACAGAAGUGCAAUAUGUAGAAACACAGUCUGCACGGAUUGUGUAGAUGCGAUGACUCUAAAGUAGCUACACUACUUUCUGUACCUGUCCUGGGCACGUCAGUUUAUUCCUUUAGAGUAAAAUUAUACCAAGGAUUUUCAGUGUGAUCAUAAGCCAACUUCUUGGUAAAGCUGGAUUUUUUUCCAAGUCCAUGCUUUCUUACUCUAGUUCAUAAACAAAUUCCUGUUCCUUGGUUUAUAAGAGUUGAGGUUUUUCCAUUCUUGUUUGUACUCCCUCCUAUUUGCACGUCUUGCCCAGGAAUAAGGAAGUUCACUUGAGAGGGUUGCCCAAGUGAAGAAUUAAAACCUAACACUAGUACAGUUCUCCUACAUAAACACUAAUUUAUCUGAGAAUGUAAUACCUUAUUAAAUGAUGCUUCCAUCACUAUAAGGUAUUUUCCACUUCACAGAAAAACUGCAAACCAGUAUGUAAUAGAUUAAACUUUCCCUGCUUUUCAGGGCAGACAAACCCUUUCCACUGGUAAGAGUCCUCUUUCAGGGCCUAAUGACUUGAUAUAAAAGCUUGCUAAAUAGCAUUCAUGUCUAGCACAGAGCUAGAUUUAAAAACUAUAUAAUGGAAAUAUUAACAUUUCUAGAUUAAAAAGUAUGACGGUGACCUUUGGUUACUCACAGUAGCAGGAAGAAAGCACAGACAGUGAAACCCAUGGAUAAUCAGUGUUUCAACUUUCCUGUUAACAAUUUUUUUUUUCGAGACAGGGUUUCUCUGUACCUUUGGAACCUGUCCUGGAACUCGCUCUGUAGACCAGGCUGAUCUUGAACUCUGCCUCCUGGGUGCUGGGAUUAAAGGCGUGUGCCACCACUGCCCAGCUAAACAGUUGAUUUACUUACAUAUCUUUCCCCUUCCUGUUCCUCUCCCACAGACAUCUCCUUUUCAAGGGACUAGGAGUUAGGAAAGGAAAAGAAGUUCAGAGAGGGGCUAGCAGCCAGCCACCACACCAGUGGUCCCAUUAGCUUUAGAGGUGUUGUCGCAGUGGUCACCCGAGGUGAGAUGGUGCCCUUGAGCAAGGUCUGCUGCUGAGUUCUCUACUGCCUCCUCACCAGAGAACUCUUCAAUCCUGUGGGAAGAAAAGGCUGCGUCUCACAGGAACAGGAAACCCCAUCAUUUGAACACAUCUCUUUAACUUGACAAAGUUUGCUUUUCCGUUUCUUCCUUUGGAGUCACCUUCUCCAGUCUGAUAGCCUGGUGUGCAGGAAGGGCGCACUGUCCUCUUGGACUGUGUUGGGUUUUGUCUCUUCUAGAACCAGCCUGGUUUUCUGUGGUCUUAGGGAUACUUACAGUGGCCCUCCCACCGACACUCUGAUGUAGCACAGAAAUCCAUUUUCCCUUCUGUUCUUUCUUGUGUUCUGGUAUUGGCUUCAGGGGGAAUGAGGGUUUAUUGUCAUAGCCCUGCAUUUCAAGAAGUGGUUGCCAUAGGUGUAAAUUCCAUUGGUUCCCAGGUUGCCAGAACUCUGGAAGCACUGGCAAGGCCCAAAGCAGGCUCGGUGGGGUUUUGGAACCUCCAUGUGUAGUCACCCUUCAAACUUGGUGAGAUUUAGAAGAAAAAUCUCCCCCUGUGUCAUAAACAGAAGUCUGAGCUGUUCUUCAAAGGUAGUGCUGUCUUCUUGGUGUGCUUCCCACGUUGUUAAUUUGCUUAAACUUUUGAGAAGUUUUUUAAAGGCCCCACUUAGUCUGCACAGGCUGAGUCAGUUUUCAGAGAAAAGGCCAAUUUCACUACGUCGUAGUCACUGUCGUGCUAGUUACACGCCAGGCAUAGACAGAGGCAGCGGAAAGCACGCUGACCGUGCAGAGGGCUCAGGGAGAGUGCAGGCAUCUCCCUGGAGAGACUGGAGGGACAGGCUGGAGAGAGGACGGCCUUCCGUUGCAGCUGCUCUGAGGCUGGGCCAGGCUUGGCUCUUCAUGCAGGCUGCGAGGCCAUACCCAGUGCUUGCCUUAUUUUAAAGCUACUUGCCACAGUCCUGUUAAUAGUGUGGAUGUCCUUUUGCAGUCUGGUGUGCAUGCCAUGUGAUCAGGACAGCUUUUCCACCUCCCCUGGUUUCCUACAAGCAAGUAAAUCUCCCCUGAAAUGUCCAGUACUUAUGUACCUUGUCAGUGUUUGCUGUCGGUUUUCUAAAACAAUCUGAUCAAUAAAUCUCUAAACAUAUGUGGUCCA